CGAGAGCUCUGAGGCACACAGUCCAACCGUCGCAUCCUCCAAGCACGGCACGACGUGCACAGAAGAAGAAGGACAAGAUGGAGACACUGGUGUGCAUGUUGCUCCUGGUUCUGCAGGCGGUCGCAGCAGGCCCGCUGAGGGUGGACGACGGCCAAGAUAGCGGCGGCGUAGACGCCAUCAGCCACCCGCUGGCGCUGGUGCAGCGCCUGGAGGCGCUCCUUCUUCAGGGCAACGGCAGCGACGUGACUCUGCGGGUGGUGACGCCCGACGCCGACGAGGUCAAGCUGAUCCCGGCCCAUGCCUUGGUUCUGUCCCUGCAGAGUCCCGUCUUCGAGGAACUGCUGCUGGGCCGAAACGGGAGCACCUUGACGCUGGGGGAGAACGCCGACUGCACCGCCGUCUUCGACAAGUUCAUCAGGUAUCUCUACUGCGGAGACGUCUUGCUGCGUUUGAACCAGGCCACGCCCCUGCACCAGCUGGCCAGCAAGUACCAGGUGGCGGCGCUGCGGCAGGGCCUCACGCGCUACAUGACCCAAAACCUGGCCAGGGACUCGCCCUCAGGCCACGUGGCGGGGUGGUACGAGUACGCUGUGCAGGCGGGCGACGCGGUUCUGAGUGACAGCUGCCUCCGGUAUUUGGCCUGGAACCUGUCAUCGGUCAUGCAGAGUGCAGAGUGGGCGGGGCUUAGUAGCCAGCUGCUCAUGUUGCUGCUCCAGCGUUCGGACCUUGUCCUGCACAGCGAGAUGGAGCUCUUUGCCGCGCUGGAGGCCUGGAUCGCCCACAACCGCCCCGAUGGCCUGACGGUGGAGAACACGCUGAGAGCCGUGCGAUACGCCAUGAUGCCGCCGCGUGAGCUCUUCCGACUGCAGACCCAGUCGGCGGUUCUGGCCCGCUACCAGGAGUCGGUGCGAGACCUGCUCUACAUGUCCUACCAGUUCCACUCCGCCUCCCCGGUGCACAUGGCCAAGUUCUUCGAUGUCAACUGCAGCCUUUUCGUGCCGAGGAAUUACCUGGCACCGCUCUGGGGGUCCUCCUGGGUCAUCAACAACCCGACCCGAGACGACCGCAGUACCAGCUUCCAGACGCAGCUCGGGCCCAGCGGUCACGACGCCGCCAAGCGAGUCACCUGGAACGUCCUGUUCUCCCCGCGCUGGCUGCCGCUCAGCAUGAGGCCCAUGUACUCGGAAACAGGCGCAAUGCAGCCCACGCGGGCGGAAGGGGGGUGGCCCCGCAUCAUCAUAACGCCCGCCACCUCCAGCGCCGACUUUGCCGGCGUCAGCUUCCAGAAGACGGUCCUGGUUCUGGCCCGGCAGCAGGGUCGUCUGCUGGUCAAACACGUGUACAACUUCCACCAGAGCACCGAGGAGAACGGCGACUUCCUGGCCGAGGCCGACCUCUACCGCCGCUCCUCAGACUACCUGCUGGACGGCUCCCUGCUGCUCCACGUGGUGGUCAAGCCUCUGUACCAGAACCUCAUUGCCACCAAGAACUGAACCCACGCUCCCAGAACCGGAACCUUUGGACCGUCGCCAACUUCAAUUGACACCCGAGUGGAGGCGCCACCUGCUGGUCUGGCAGGAAACUACACCACCUGCAAAAACCCCGGCCUUUGAUUUCUGCCACCGAAAAAUCAGAGGCCGCGACCAUAUUUGGACAAGGAAGUGAAGAAGAAAACAUUGGAUUGAUGAUCAGGAAAUGUUUAAAGAAGGUUUUGAGUCUAAAUGUGUCAUCAGGAAGGUUCUGGUUGUGUAUUUAUCACAUGAUGGUGCUAUUUGAUUAUUACUGUAUUAUUAUUUAUUUACUUUCACUUUCUAGUCGUCUUCUCUGUGCUGCCUUCACUUCUUCUCAUUAAAGUUGUAA